CUUAUCUUCUAUUCAAGGUUAGACCUAUAUAUAAACUAAAUUAGUGUUUAGCAGUCUGAUCACCACGUCAUUAAAGAAUGUCUUUGAAGAUGAUUUUUGCUGUGGUUAUUCUGACCCUGGCCAUUUAUGGUCCUUUCUUUGUACGGGCCCAAUGCCCCAAUAUUUGUCCAAUGAUCUACGGACCUGUGUGUGGGUCUGAUGGGAAAACCUACAGCAAUUCCUGUUUCUUAAACUCUGCAUCUUGUAACGCCGGAAACACCAUAACCUUGGCUCAUCAUGGCGCAUGCGCCGGUGAUGCUGGUAUCAUUGGUAUUUAACGAAUGAUUAAAUGCUCAAAUCUGAUUGGCUGCUUACUCCUCAACAUUUAUGACGGUGAUUUUCUAAUUUUGUUGAACUAAAAUAAUAAAUCAAAUAAAAAAUAUAAAUAAAUAAAAA